AUGGACCUCCGGGAAAAACGGAGAAGUGCAUCUGGUGUUUGUUUAAAUGAAGUGUUUGUGAUAGAUGGAAAUUCAGUCACACUAAACACUGGUGUUACAACAAACCAACAACAAAAGAUGAAAUGGUACUUUAAAGCCAUUUGCAUAGCUCAAAUCAAUGGAGAUAAGAGUAUGAUUUGUAAAGAUGAUCAGUGUAAUAACAGUACUGAGAUAUUCAGAGACAGACUAGGUGUGGACUGUCAGACUGGAUCUUUAACCAUCACAAACACCAGAACCACAGACUCUGGACUUUAUCAUCUACAUAUCAUCAGCAGCAACAGUGACAGAGAAAAGACCUUCAUUGUUGCCGUUCAUGGUGUGUCUGGUGCUGAUACAAACGUGUCAGUGAUGGAGGAAGAUUCAGUCAUUCUCUACACUGAUGUUAAAACAGAGCAGCAAGACAGAAUAAGAUGGUACUUCAAUGACAUUCGCAUUGCUCAAAUCAAUAGAGAUCUCAGUAAGAUCUGUACAGAUGUCCAGUGUAAUGAAGGUACUGAGCGAUUCAGAGACAGACUGAAGCUGGAUCAUCAGACUGGAUCUCUGACCAUCAUGAACAUCACAAACACAGACACUGGACAUUAUGAACUACAGAUGAGCAAUGGAGACAGUGAGAGUGAAAAUACCUUCACUGUUGCUUUAUAUGGUAUUUCUGCUGCUGAUCAAGAUAAAUUGAAGAGAAAGUCAGUUAAAGAGGGAGAAUCUGUCACUGUAGAUCCUGGUGAAAUAAGAAAAUCAAAUAAUUCAAUGACAUGGUAUUUUAAUGACAUUCUCAUCGCUGAAAUCACUGGAGAUCAGACUAAGAUCUGUACAGAUGAUCAGUGUAAAGAGCGAUUCAGAGACAGACUGAAGCUGGAUCAUCAGACUGGAUCUCUGACCAUCACAAACACCAGAACCACAGACUCUGGACUUUAUAAACUAGAGAUCAACAGCAGCAGAUUCAACAUCAUUAGGAGCUUCAGUGUUACUGUGACUGGUCAGUCUACAUCACUAGUACGUGCUGGUGCUGGUGGUGUUGCUGUUGUUCUGCUGGUUGCAGCUGCUGAUACCUGGAAGCAGCAUAAUGAUUAUCAGGAAAAUGAUGUCCUAGAAAGAGUGUCCCAUGAUCAGACUGAGACUCCACAGUUGGAUAUUGUUAAUAUGUCUCUUAAUCUGAUUGACCUCAAUUGA